AUGGGUUCCAAGAUUGUUCAAGUUUUAUUGAUAUUGACUCUCUUCGCCACGUCAGCACUUGCUCAAGCUCCGGCUCCGACUCCGACCGCCACUCCUCCUCCACCGGCCGCCACUCCUCCUCCGGUCGCAACUCCUCCUCCAGUGGCCACUCCACCACCAGCCCCAACACCAGCCCCAACCACCACUCCACCACCGGCAGCGACACCAGCUCCGGCCACUACUCCACCAUCGGUUGCUCCUUCACCGGCUGAUGUUCCCGCCGCCUCUCCACCGGCGCCGGAGGGUCCCGCCGUGAGCCCAAGCGGAGCUGCUCCAGGACCUUCGGAUGCGCUUCCCCCAAGCUCCGCUUUCUCCAACAAGGCUUUCAUCGCCGGAACCACCUUCGCCGCUAUUAUGUACGCCGCCGUUUUGGCUUGA